AUGUGGGGAAAGCAACUUUCUAAAAGUACAGAAGCAGCCUUACCUUCAGUAUUAUACGACGAUUUCAGUCUAAGAAUGGUUAGAAUAUCGUACCCUUCUCCUAGGGUUUCUCAGCUUGAUGCACAUAUUUUGGAUUCUGAACUUCUGUCUCUAUUAAAGCAACAACUUGUGUCGAUUUUUCAAUUGCACACUACAUCGUGGUGGACUUAUAACCAACAUCCAGAAUUUUGGACUCUAUUAUUAAAUUUGCUUGUAUUUCGAUUGACCGUUUGGAAGAAUGGAUCUUCAUAUGGGCUAUCCUUACAGAACUUGAAACUUGCAAAUUUCAAAAAUGGUAAAUUAAUAGGAUAUAACAAGAGGCUGUUGCUAUGCGCAAUUCUCGUUGGAGAAUACAUAUUUCAAAAAUUUGAGUCAUAUUUAUACUCCAAAGAUGAAGCAGAAAUAUCGGCAACUAGACUGAAAGGUAUACUACAACGUGCAUUGAACUUCUUAGUCAAGAAUAGGGACAAGUUGCUAACAAAAAUCAAUGAAACGUUGAAGAUUGUGAAUCUCUUAAAUUUCAUUUUAUUCUUGGUAAAUGGGAAGUUCCCUACUGUAGUACAUAGAUUACUAGGUAUUUCUUUAACUCCCGUGGUAACAGAUUUACUUAAAUUCAAUGGAGAUAACGUGAAUUUCGAGUUUCAGAACCGUCAAUUGGUUUGGAAUGUCAUGACGGAAUUCCUAGUCUUUAUCUUACCCCUUUUAAAGUUGAAGAGUAUGAGAAGAAGGUUUAAUAGGUUGGUAAGCGGAGGAAAGAAGGAGCUUAAUUAUGGUAACGAAAGCAAAAUAACUCCAUACACAAAUUUGCCAAUAUCCCAAUGUGCGAUAUGUAUAGAGAACAGUGUGAAAGAAAGAUCGAGACCUUCUACAGCAACGGAUGGACUUUUCCCCAUUACCAACCCUUAUAUAACCAACUGUGGACACAUAUAUUGCUAUGUCUGCAUAAGUACUAGGUUCAAUGCUAUGGAAAUCUCGGACGGAGAAAACGACAUUUGUCUCCGUUGCAGUAAGAAGCUAGAAUCGUUUAGAGAGUUUGAUGAUAUCGAUAAGACUGCAAUUAUUGUGGACUAUGUUGAAGAAGAACCAGCAAAGGCAAACUUUUCUGAGAAGGACAGUUUGCAAAAGGUACCAGAAAGCGAAUACGAAGAUAGUGAUGACCAAGGUGAUGAUGACAAUGAUGAAGAAAAGAUUGUGUCUGAAAUAGAAUAUGACAGCGAAGAAAAUGAUAUUCAUGAUGAUGAAGAGAACUCAUUUAGUGAAGGUGAAGAAUUUGAUGAAGAUGAAGCUUUUGAACUUUGA